AAAAUGGAUCCACGACAGUGUCCGUUUUCGGUUACAUUAGUUUUGUUAGUGACAACACUAUGUAUCCACGGUCAGAUGCGAUCAAUAAAAAUCGGAGCAAUUUUUCACAAAGGCGAAGAAGAUCUUCGAUCUGUAUUCUUAAGAGCAAUCUCUGACACAAAAAACGGAACUCAUGCACUCACAUUUGAACUUGUACCAGUCACUAGAUACAUCCAGGGCAAUACCGAUAGCUUUAUGACUGGCAAAGCUGCUUGUGAACUUCUUGAGGAAGGUGUGGCAGCCAUUUUUGGGCCUUCAAGCCGGUAUACUAGUGGAAUAGUUGCGAGCAUUGCUGCGCGAUUUAAUAUACCGCAUAUUGAGUAUGUCUGGCGAGAAAGCGAAGGAAAGAAAAAGCAGAAGAAGACUUCACAAUCAAUGACCAUAAACAUAUUCCCUGCCAGUGAACAAGUCAGUCAGGCUAUCGCCGAUGUCGUUGAUUCAAUGAAAUGGCGAAAAUUCGUAGCAAUUUACGAAACUAACGAAGGACUGUCACGUCUUCAGAAGACUUUGACUUUAAAAGGAGACAAGGACGCUCCGAUUAGACAUACAGUACAGAAGCUUAAUGAAGGACCGGAUUAUCGCUCGAUGCUUAAAAAGAUACGUCAUUUAUCAGUGUGGAAUAUAAUUAUCGAUGUUAAACCGGAAAAUAUCAUGGAAGUGCUCUAUCAGGCAAAGGAAGUCAAUUUACUAGCAGAUUAUUGCAACUUCGUUAUUACAUAUUUGGAUUCAUCCAUGCUACCUAUUGCCGGGAUGCGAAAUAAUACCGUUAAUAUCACUGGACUGAGCAUAAGAGAGAAUGAUGUAGAAAAAAUUGAUUGGUUAGAUUCGGCGGUUCUCUAUGACGCAGUAUUUUUGUUGUAUGAGGCAUUAGAGACUCUAAAUGCAAGAAAUAUUGAAAAUAAAGUAUAUAUGUCCAUUGAUCCUGUACGACUUUCUUGUAUCGAUAAAACUACAAUGUAUGAAGCAGGGCCUAAUAUCGUCAGUGUUAUGCAAAAGAUAUCAAAGAAAGGAAAAAUAACAGGCAUUAUGAACAUUGAUGAAUAUGGUCGUCGACAACAUUUUAAUGUAAAAAUCUUGAACUUUCAACAAUCGGGUGUGAUACAAACAGGUUAUUGGGACUUUAAUGGUAUACAUACCACACAGAUUAAGGAGGAGAAGGAUAUCUAUUUAGAAAGAUUCAUGGAAGAAAAAAUAUUCAAGAUUAGCGUAUACGUAUAUCCACCCUACGUUAUGGAAUCGUAUGAAUUUCAUUUUAAAAUAAUUUUAAGGAUUUAUCAAGGUUUUUGCAUCGAUCUGAUUAAGCAUAUCGCAAAGAUUUUAAAGUUUAAAGGGGUAGUUUUCCAACGCGUAACUGAUGGAUAUGGUUCUUACAAUCCACAAACGAAGACCUGGAAUGGUCUAAUCAGGAGCAUUUUGGAUCAUGAAGCCGAUUUGGCUAUAUCCGAUUUAACUAUAACAUCCUCCCGCCAAUCAGUUGUGGAUUUCAGUUUGCCUUUCAUGUCCUCGGGUCACAGCAUUUUAUUUAGGAAACCGGAAAAGAAAGCACCACCUUUUUUUCCCUUCUUAUUACCUUUAUCUACAGAAGUAUGGCUCUACAUGGCUAUUGCUUAUCUCAUCGUAUCGAUAAUGUUAUUUGUUCAGGCAAGAAUGGCACCUAAUGAGUGGAAUAAUCCUCAUCAUUUAUCCAAUGCUGAUCCUGAAGAACUCAAAAAUAAUUUUAACUUCAAAAACUCGUUCUUCUUAACUAUUGGUUCUUUUAUGCAACAAGAUUCAAACAUACUGCCCAAAGCAUCAUCUCUGCGCAUGCUUGCAAGCAUGUGGUGCUUCUUUAUUUUGAUCAUAUACAGCUUAUAUACAGCGAAUCUAGCUGCUUUUCUCACUAUGAACAAAAUGGACAUACCUAUUAAAGGAAUUGAGGACCUGCCCAAACAGACCAAAAUUAAAUAUGGUGCAAUAAAGGGUAGCUACACAGCAACAUUUUUCAAAAAUUCGAAUUACUCAACGUACAGAAAAAUAUGGGCUGCAAUGAUAAACUCUAAACCGAGCGUAUUCACAUCAAAUUAUAAAGAAGGCAUCGAUCGAGUUCUCAACAGCAAUCGACAAUAUGCCUUUCUCAUGGAAAGUGCCGCUAUUGAAUAUAAUAUAGAGCGCAAAUGCGACUUAAUUAAAAUAGGUGACGAUGUGGUUGGAAACAGUGGCUACGGCAUUGCUAUGCCACGCAAUUCUCCGUACAGAACACAUAUUAACCGUGCGAUCCUAAUGUUAAAAGAGCAAGGUAUACUGGAAGAGUUGAAGACAAAGUGGUGGAAGAAUAAGGAAGGAGAUUUAUGCGAAAAAGAUGAAAUGGAAAAGGAUUCAAGGAUAUACGAAUUAGGGAUGGCAAGUCUCGGAGGUCUAUUCUUCAUUCUAAUAUGUGGUUGCAGCGCUUCGUUCUUUAUCGCAAUUUGCGAAUUUCUGUGGAAUAUACGUAAAAUCGUUGUGACAGAGAAGAUCACGCCGCGGGAAGCGCUAGUUGCCGAGUUGAAAUUCGCCGUAAACAUCUUCGCAAUUAGAAAACCCGUUAAAAUUGCCAAGAGCAGCAACAAUAACAUAAGUUCCAGGAAGGAUGGACUUGAUAGAGCUGUCCAUGGCUUGAUCUAUCAUCGAUAG